AUGGGGAACGACCGCCUCACGGCCUCGCUGGCCAAGGACUGCCUCGUUAGCAGCGACCACAUAACGAGUGGUGUUCUGAGGGAAUUACGCCAGCCCCCCGAGCCCUCCCCGGUGCUGGCGUGUUCAGGCGUGGUGACGCCGGUGCAGCGGGAGAUGCUCCUGCCGGUGCCUGAGCCGCACCGCCUCCAUGUGACAGAGGAGCCGGGAUGGGCCGUGGCCGAAAAUCAGCCCCGGCAUCCUGGUGGGGUGGGCAGGAGGGAUGCCUCUGCGCUGCGAUCUCCCUGUCCGUGGGCUGUCACCUGCGACGGCCUGAGGGCCACCACACCUUUCCACCCGACCGGGGCGGCCCAGGGCUCUGCUGCGGGGAACGGCACGUUGUGCUGUGCUGGCAAGGGGCUCCUGGGGCUUCGGGAGGGGGGCAGAGAGGAGCGGGAGAUGGUGGUGGGGCUCACCCAGCCGAACGCAGGCGCCUGCGCCGAAGCUCUCCGGGGCUCCGACGGGCUCCGGUGGGAAGGACAAGGGGAUCCCCGGGCCGGGACUGACAGCGAAGCAUCCAGGGGGCCGGAGCCCAGUCUGACACUGGGGGCACGAGACCCCGCGGGAGCCAGCGUGCGAGGGGAGGGUGCUGCUGGCUCCCCGGGUCCCCUCAGCCCCUACUCUGUUUUUCAGGGUGCGGUGACGUUCGAGGACGUGGCCGUCUAUUUCUCCCCCGAGGAGUGGGUAGAGCUGGCGGCAUGGCAGCGGGAGCUCUACCAGGAGGUGAUGAUGGACAACUAUGACCUGGUCGCCAGCCUGGGUAAGGAUGCGCCCCUGGGGAGCCCGGGCACGGAGCUGGCAGCGCUGCUGGGCUGGGAACACGCAGGGAGGCUCAGCCGCGGGGGGCCGCUCAUCUGCGGCACCUGCGGGCAGAGCUUCGAGGACGAGGCCGGGCUGAGCGCGCACCAGGGCAAGCACCUGCGCCCAGCACCCUCCUACCAGUGCGGCUCCUGCAGCAAGGCUUUCCGCCAUCACUGCAACCUCCUGACGCACAAGAAGCACCGGGGCCGGCACCAGCACGCCUGCACAGAGUGCAGCAGGACCUUCUGCUUGAAAGGGGACCUGCUGCGGCACCGGGCGAGCCACGGCGGCGAGGGCGGCUACUCCUGCCCGCUCUGCGGGAGCAGCUUCCGCCAGAAGCGCGACCUGCAGGCGCACCGCAAGGAGCACGCCGGCGCCACGCGCCGCAAGUGCCCCAAGUGCAAGAAGCACUUCGAGGACGAGGCCAGCCUGAACCGGCACCGGGCCACCCACUGCGAGGAGCGACCCUUCCUCUGCGGGCGCUGCGACCGCAGCUUCAGCUGGAAGGAGAGCCUGAUCAUCCACCAGCGCAGCCACGCGCAGGAGCGCUCCCACAAGUGCCCCGACUGCGGCCGCAGCUUCAGCCGCAGCGGGAACCUGCUGGUGCACCAGCGCGUGCACACGGGCGAGCGGCCCUUCGCCUGCCCCCAGUGCGACAAGUCCUUCUGCAACAAGGCCAACCUCAUCACGCACAAGAAGCUCCACCGGCGCUACAAGACCUUCGCCUGCUCCCAGUGCCGGCUGGGCUUCAGCUCCAAGAGCAAGCUGCUGCUGCACCAGCGGGCCCACGCGGCCGAGCGUCCCUUCGCCUGCAGCGAGUGUGGGAAGAGCUUCCAGCACCGGGGGAACCUCAUCACCCACCUGCGGGUGCACACGGGGGAGAAGCCCUUCGCCUGCACCGUCUGCGGCAAGAGCUUCAGCCAGAAGGGCGACCUGAUGCGGCACCAGCGCAUCCACACGGGCGAGAAGCCGUUCGAGUGCACCGUCUGCGGCAAGAGCUUCUGCUCCAAGCAGACCUUCAUCCUGCACCAGCGCAUCCACACCGGCGAGAAGCCCUUCUCCUGCACCGAGUGCGGCAAGAGCUUCAACCGCAAGGCCAACUUCAUCACCCACCAGAAGAUCCACCGCGGCGAGCGCCCCUUCAUCUGUGCCGAGUGCGGCAAGGGCUUCUGCGCCAAGAAGACCUUCAUCCUCCAUCAGAAGAUCCACGUCGGCGACCGGCCCUUCGGCUGCUCCGAGUGCGGCAAGAGCUUCAGCCGCAACGGCGACCUGACGCGGCACCAGCGCAUCCACACCGGCGAGCGCCCCUUCGCCUGCGCCGACUGCGGCAAGUGCUUCAGCCACAACGGCGAGCUGAUCAAGCACCAGCGCAUCCACACCGGCGAGAAGCCCUUCACCUGCACCGAGUGCGGCAAGAGCUUCAACCGCAAGGGCACCCUCAUCACCCACCAGCGCAUCCACACCGGCGAGCGCCCCUUCGCCUGCCCCGAGUGCGGCAAGACCUUCAACCUGAAGACCACGCUGAUGAAGCACAAGCGCAUCCACACGGGCGAGCGUCCCUUCACCUGCCUGGAGUGCGGGAAGAGCUUCAAGUACAAGGGCAACCUCCGGACCCACCACCUCACCCACACGGUGGAGCGGGUCUACCCCUGCACCGAGUGCGGCAAGGUCUUCAGCCACAAGAAGGAGCUGACGGUGCACCAGGGCGUGCACGCGGAGGAGAGGAUCCUCUCCUGCUACCGGGAGGGAGAGUCCUUCAACCCCUUCCUCCCCAUGCACCCGCUCCUCAUGUCCUGCACCCAGCUCCCGGUGCCGCUGGAAGCCUUGUCCAAGUACAAGUAG